AUGGCGUCCAUCUAUCAUAACCUACUGCAUUGGCCGUUUCAAAUUCAAACUGCUGCACCCGCAGCCGUUGCUUCAUCUCCGCUUGGCAUUUUCGUCGCUCAGAUUAAACCGUGGCAUGUGCUCUGUGUCGUCGCGCUCGCCGUGCAAGUGUACCUGUUUCGCAGUUACGAGGUGCUCCUCCUGUGCCUCGGUCCCAUCAUCUCCCAUUCCCCCUGUCUCAUCCUCCCCCUUUCCCUGUGUCCAAUUAUCACCCCUUCCCUCUGUCUCAUCAUCUCCCGAUCCCUCGGUCUCAUCAACUCCCCAUCCCUCGGUCUCAUCAACUCCCCAUCCCUCGGUCUCAUCAACUCCCCAUCCCUCGGUCUCAUCAUCUCCCCCAUCCCUCUGUCCCAUCAACUCCCCAUCCCUCUGUCUCAUCAUCUCCCCAUCCCUCGGUCUCAUCAUCUCCCCUGUCAGUUGCGCCUGGUCGUGUUGGAUGACUCUCAGCUGCACCUGGUGGUGCACGAGACGUGCAAGCUGGAGAAGCUGGGCGGCAGGAAAAAGGAUGGCUACGGCGCAUGGAUGCUCUGCACCAAUCACCUGCGGCCAGGUGGCAUAGUGUACUCGUUUGGGAUCGGAGGCGACGUGUCGUUUGACAAUGAGAUGGUGAACCGAGGCUACAAGGUUUUCGGUUUUGAUCCCACCGUGACCCCAGAUCACGUGAGCAGCUUAUUCAAAUACAACCAUGAGCGCGACCAACCAUCCGCUUUCCAAUUCUGCCAGGUUGGCAUUGGGGCUGUAGACGGCAUUAUCACCUUCUUCAGUCCCAAGAAUCCCCGCCUGAAAUCCAUGACAGCUGUGAAGCACGAGGAGCUGUCAAAGCGGUACGAAAGCCGAGGCAUGCCGGCGCCAGUCAUGCGGUUACCAACAUUCAUGUGCAGUAAUGGACAUGGGUUCAUUGACGUGUUGAAGAUAGAUGUUGAAGGGGUUGAGUUUGAUAUCUGCGAUGAAUGGUUAAGGAUGGACACUCCCCUCCCGGUUGGCCAAGUGUUGGGCCGACAGACCGCGCAGCGCGACUCAGGGUGGUUCGAAACUGUGCCGUUUCAGUUUCCGUUCCAACGCGUCAAGUCCGUCAAGCUCGUCGUGAUCAUGGCGAGCGGGGUGAACCUCACUGCGGUGACAGUCAUUGCUGCCGUCUCCGCCGUCCUCGCGGCCGGCGUCACAGCGCUAAACAUUCCCUCCGGCGUCUUCGGCCUGCACCCCAAGCCCCACGUGCUACCCUUCUUCUGCACGUGCGACGAUGACUCAGCGCUGAUGGAGGACAGCCUGGCGCGCUGCCAGGUGGCGAGCGACUUCCUCAUCGCGCUGGCAUACCUGUCCAUCCCACUCGAGCUCGCAUACUUCACGCUGAGGGCCAGGACCUUCUCACACCGCUGGGUCAUGCUGCUCUUCAGCCUCUUCAUUGUCCUUUGUGGACCUUCUCACGCCGCUGGGUCAUGCUGCUCUUCAGCCUCUUCAUUGUUCUCUGCGCAGUCCCCACUCCCCUCUUUUCUCCCUCCCCCAUUCCUUUGCCCCUCUCCCUUCGCCCAUCGCCCUGUCCCACCAGGCCUGACCCACCUGGUGAACGUGUGGACGUACGGUGCGCACCCGCGGCAGCUGAGUGUGGUGCAGACGGUGCUCAAGGUGCUCUGUGCGGCCGUCUCAUGGGGCACAGCCUUUGUGCUCUUCACCAUCAUCCCCUCGCUCCUCAAGUUCAAGGCAAGUGCCUUUGUCCGUCCAGACGUGUCCUUUUGGGUCGACGCUCAGCACCUGCAGCAGCUGAGGGUCGUGCAGAAGGUGCUCAAGGUGCUCUGCGCGGCGUUCCCAGUCUGCGUAUCCUGGAGCUCUAUCCAGGUUCGGGAGCUUUCGCUGCAGCACAAGGCUGCACAGCUGGAUCGGGAGAUGGAUGCUAUUCGAAGAAGAGAGGAGGUGGGGCGGCAUGUGCGUAUGCUAACAUACGAGAUCCGCCAGUCCCUGGACCGCCACACCAUCCUCAACACCACGCUAGUGGAGCUCGCACAGGCGCUCAUGCUUGAGAACUGCACCGUGUGGAUGCCUGACUCCUUGCUACUGACCCCUGUGAGUGCUACUGACCCCUUGCUACUGACCCCUGUGAGUGCUACUGACCCCUUGCUACUGACCCCUGUGAGUGCUACUGACCCCUUGCUACUGACCCCUGUGAGUGCUACUGACCCCUGGAAGCGUGUGCAUAAAUGCAUGGGGAGUCACACCAUCCUCAGCACCACGCCUUACCCCUCUGUUCGUCUGGCAAUCCACAUGCCCACACACUCCCGUGCUUCACGAUCCAGCCAGCAAGGGGACGACGGUGCUGCUGCUGCUGCUGCGGCUGCAGCUGGUGCCGCUGGUGCUGUUGGUGGUGGUGGUGGUGGUGGUGGCAAUAAUGGUGCAGAUAGUGACGGAUUUGCUGGUAGUGAGGCUGCUGAUAUGGAGUACGGUUCGGUUGUGGAGUAUGGGCUCAUGGUGCUCGUGCUGCAUGGGGACGAGAAGAGGCAGUGGCAGCCGCACGAGGUGGAGAUGGUGGAAGCAGUGGCAGACCAAGUGGCCAUCGCGCUCUCACAUGCUGCAGCGCUGGAGGAGUCGCAGCGGCGCAGGGAGGAGAUGGCGGAGCAGAAUGCGGCGAUGCAGGUGGCACGGGUGCGAGCAGAGGAGGCGAUUCAAGCCAGGAACGACUUCCUGUCCGUCAUGAAUCAUGAGCGCAGGGAGGAGAUGGCGGAGCAGAAUGCGGCGCUGCAGGUGGCGCGGAUUAGAGCAGAGGAGGCGAUUCAAGCCAGAAACGACUUCCUGUCCGUCAUGAAUCAUGAGAUGAGGAGCCCUCUGCACACCAUCCUCGCGCUCUCCUCCCUCAUGGAGGAGGACGACCUAACAGAUGAGCAAGGGCCCAUGGUGGCCACUCUCACUCGCAGUGCUUCCAUGCUCACAUCCCUCAUCUCCGACGUCAUUGGGGUGGCCCAACGGCAAGAGAUCAAUCUCGUGCUGGAGCACCGUCCGUUCGAUCUAAGGCGAAUGCUGCACGACGCGGCGUCCCUGGCAUGGCCCAUGAUGCGAGCCAAGGGACUGAGCUUCUCAGUGGUGAUUGCGAGGGAGGUGCCUCGGCACGUGGUGGGGGAUGAGCGGCGAUUGCUGCGCGUGGUGCUGCACAUCAUAGGCCAUGCCAUUGACUCCACGCAUGAGGUAAAGAGGGAGGAGUGCCGAGUGAUGCCGAGUGGUGCUGUGUGGUGCAGCAGCAGGGAGGUGCCUCAGCACGUGGUGGGGGAUGAGCGGCGAUUGCUGCGCAUGGUGCUGCAUAUUAUCAGGCAUGCCAUCGACUCCACCGAUGAGAUCUCACAUCAGGACCAUAUCUCCCGUCAGGACCAUGUACGAGUGCGAAUCACAGUCACAGACUCAGGAGGGGAGGAGUCCAAGCAGGCCCUACUCCACCGCUUUGAGGAAGCAAGGGAGCGGGAGCAGCUGCUAAAGGGGCAGGCUAUAGAGGGGAUGAAGGCACUGGGGCAGGAUCCAUCAAACGUGGGCAUAGGGCUGUUUCUAUCUGGGCCGGAGGAGGGUUGGGUGGGGUGCACACACCACAGGGUCAGUCGGACGUCCAGCAACGAGAGCUCCUACAGCCGAGCCUCACACACCCAGCCUCCUGCACAGAUGCCCCACCCUCUUUCGCCCGACCCUCUGGCUUCCCACCCCCUGGCAUCCCACCCCAUGGUUUCCCACCCUCUCACUCGUCCUCUGCCCGACACAACAAGCCGUCUCAGAGACACCACGUCUAGGGAUACUGUUCCCUCGGCACAGUCCCACCUCCCCCAGUCUGACCCAGGCGACGCUUCAGCUGCAGCAGCUGUGGAAGUUUCUGCUGCAUUAGCAGCUAUUGAAGCACCUCAAAGAUCGGCAGCAGAGGAUUUGAGGGAGGCGGAGGCAGCAGAGGCGGAGAGGGAGCGGCUGGCGAGGAUAAGCGAGCAGUUCGUCGCUCCCUCCUGCGCCAUCUGUCAGAAGCUACUCCUGCUCAUGGACGGGCAUUACUGGAACGCCACCCAGCCUGCUGAUCCCGGCGCUGCUACUGCGUUUUCCCUUGUGGAAGACAACGUGGCCAAUCGCAUCGCGACACAUCAGCUGCUCCUGUCGCUGCACUGCCACGUCACCCUAGCCGCCAGCACACAGGAGUGCCUGUCAAUUCUCUCGGGCAGCAGGAAGAGCCCGUCAGCCUCCCCCAUUGCAGACAUUGUUCUUCUGGAUAUCUGCAUGCCCGAUGUCGAUGGGCUUGAAGCAGCCCGCUGCAUACACAAGAUGUUCCGUCGUGCGGGGAUUCAGGUGCAGAAGAAGAAGGAGGAGGAGGCGAAGCGGGAGAAGGAGCUGAACGAGCUGUUCAGAGUGGCCAUCACGCAGCCCAAGGUCCCGCCAGGCGUGGACCCCAAGUCCAUUGUCUGCGAGUUCUUCCGCCACGGGCAGUGCAGCAAGGGCUUUAAGUGCAAGUUCUCGCACGAUCUGAGCGUGGAGCGCAAGGGCGAGAAGAUCGACCUGUACAGCGACCAGCGGGAUGAGGAAGACAAGAUGGAGGACUGGGACCAGGCGAAGCUCGAGCAGGUGGUGGCGUCUAAGGGCGCGGAGUACAAGAACGCCAACAAGCCCACCGAGAUUGUGUGCAAGCACUUCCUAGAGGCUGUGGAGAAGAAGCAGUACGGGUGGUUCUGGGUGUGCCCCAACGGGGGCAAGGACUGCAUGUACCGCCACGCGCUGCCGCCCGGCUACGUGCUCAAGUCACAGAUGAAGGCUCUUCUGGAGGAGGAGCAGGCGAACAAGCUGACCGUUGAGGAGAUGAUUGAAAACGAGCGCAAGAUGACAGCAAGCCACACGCAGCUGACGACCGAGAUCUUCAUGGAGUGGAAGCGGAAGAAGCAGGAGGUGAAGGACGCUGAGCAGGCAGCCAAGAAGGCCGCACGCGCCAAGGAGGACAGAAUGAGUGGUCGCGAGCAGUUUCUGUCCGAUGCCUCCCUCUUCGUGGACGACGAUGCCGCAUGCGAUGCCUACGAGAGAGUGGAGGAGGCUGCAGCUCCCCCUGCUGCUUGUGCAGGCCUGUUUCUGUCCGAUGCCUCGCUCUUUGUCGACGACGACGCCGCAUGCGACGCAUAUGAGCGAGUGGAGGAGGAGGAAGGGGCCGCAGCUCCCCCUGUUGCCACUCCAGGGGAAUCCAGCAGCGGUGGGGGAGGUGCUGGGCCUAGCUCAUCUGGAGCAGCAGGAGGGCUUGCUCUCACGGAGGAAGAUGAGAUGCUAUUGGCUGAGGAUGAUGAUGAGCUGGCACCGGAGGAGCUGGAGGAGCUGGAAGCUGAGCUGGCAAAGACAUCAAUCUCUUGA